GUUCGGCAGUAUUUUUCAUACAGGAAAGGGCGGGGCAUGGUUCUACACGAGCACAAUUGAGUGUGACAAAAAAGUUUCAGCUGCCGAGAAAACAACAAUUAGCUGUUGCUAGUGUGUGGACGGACAAGAAAAGAGGUAGAAAAUGUCUGAAUUAAGUGACGAGGCCAGUGAAUCAGAGCAGCUGGGUGCCAGCCUCUCCUUGUGGCUGGGCGACUCUCUGGUGGAGGAGCUGGACGUCCCCCUGGAUAUCCACACCGCCUGCUCCAUCGGCCAGUACGAUGUGGUGGCAGAGUGCAUCAAAAAACGUGAGGUGAACCUGGAUGGCCAGAACAUUGGAGGAUGGACCCCACUGAUGUAUGCAUCGUACAUCGGCCAUGACAACAUUGCAAAUCUCCUGCUAGAGGCCGGUGUGAAUGUAAAUGCUACCACUCCGAAAGGACUAACCCCACUGAUGUUGACAGCGAGCUGUGGAAAUGAAAGCAUUGCAUACUCUCUGCUUCAGCAAGGCGCUGAGUUGGAGUUGAAGGACUCUCGAGGCUGGACAGCUCUGUUCCAUUGCACCAGCACAGGCCAUCAGCAGAUGGUCAGGUUCUUAUUGGAUAACAACGCUGAUGCCAAUGUCAAGGAGCCAGGGUCUGGUUUCACUCCCCUGAUGGAAGCUGCUGCUUCUGGACAUGAAAUCAUAGUUCAAUACCUGCUCGAUCAUAAAGUUAAAGCAGAUGACCGUAAUGCUAAAGGCGAGACUGCCCGUGCUCUAGCAAUGAUGUACGGCUAUACCAAGAUUGUCAGCCUCAUUGACUCGCGUUCUCCAAGGAUCAAAUCAGGACGCUUUGAAGACCUGAGCUCCUCUGAGGAUUCGGACAGUGCCCCGCCGCAGAUAAGGCCAAGUCGAAACCGAGCUAAAGGCAUUAGCAUCCAUGACGGGCCUCAGGCAGUCGCCAAGUUCCGAGUAGGAGGCACCAGCAAACUGUAUGAGCCUCCUGCCGUGCUGCCAGGCUACACAGCGUUUCAUGAUAUUGGUGAACAGAAUGAUGGCAUCUGCUGCCGUGAUGUUACCUCACCUAUCAAUGAGCUGGAUGGCCAAAGCAACAGCAGCAGAGAUGACAGUCCAUUCUUUGAGAAUGACAUGCCCACUAUGAGGAGGAGCAGUAGCAGCAGUGAAGGCCUGCCUCAUGUCAUUGGUCUCAAUUGGGAAGGUUCUGUGGAGAGUAAUGAGGACUCCGACCAGGGCAAAAAGAGCAGCUCUCGCAGAGUGAAUAAGAGUCACCACUCAAAAGGAAAGAGUCGUCAUGGAAGCAAUGAUGCAGCUCAGUCCAGUGGUACAGGCAACUGUGGGAUACGCUCACCUGCUGUUCUUCCGCCCUCCUACACUGGUCCAAAGGAUCUGGCAGAGUUCUUGGAGCAAAUUGGCUUCUCUAAGUAUCUCCCGUUACUUGAAGAGCAAGACAUUGACCUGCGCAUAUUUCUUACCCUGACUGAAAAUGAUCUCAAAGAAAUAGGAAUCACAUUGUUUGGGCCCAAGCGUAAGAUGACCUCAGCUAUUGCAAGGUGGCACAGCAGUGCUCGACCACCCAGCGAUGCUCUGGAACAAGCGUAUGCAGACCAGCUGGAGGCUGAGAUGCAAGAGAUGGCCAUUCAGCUGCACAAGCACUGUGAGGAGAUGGAGAGCCUGCAGAGCCAGGUGUCUCAGGAGAAGGAGCUGCGUACUGUGAUGGAGGGAUGUUUGAUGGAGGACAAGAUGGCAUGGAGGAGGGUCCAAGCUGAGCUGGUGGAAAACCACCGGCUGGCCCAGGACAUGAAUGUCACACUGACAAAGGCCAGAACCUGUCGUGCUGAACUGCUCUCCUGUCUCUCUGCUGAUGGAAACGGGAGCCCUUGUAUUUGCGGGCAAGAUAAAACAAUAGGUGACACUGGUGUUAAAGCUGGGCAGGGCCUGACCCACUCCUGUGUUGUAUCCCUAAUGAAGAAGCUGGAUUCCUAUGAAGAAGAACUGGCAGGGAAUCUGCAAACUGUGCUUCAGAGUUUGAGGCAUCUGAGUGCUCCUGAGAAAGUCUCUGAUAGCUGGGAACGGUCUUAACCUUUACAGGGGCUUUUGCCAGUUUUCGACGGAGGGUGAUCUGACCACCCUGAACAAACUCAUUGAAAAAUGGGAGAAGGCCAAAGACAAGGCCAGCCCUGCUGGACCAGAGUAGCUCAGAGAGCAAAACAGCUGACGUGUUGUUCCUCUGGGAUUGGCUGAUGGACCAGAGCUUGCCAGAUCUGGACAAGUCCAAAGGCAACAGCUGCGUCUACAGGGAAUCGACAAGCAGGCAAGAAGGGUGCCUGACCCUCACUUGCUUGUGCUGGUGUAUACUGGACUCCUGUCGUUGGGUGACGCAAAUGCACAGAGCAGGGGAGGGACUGAGUGUGGAUCACAGGUACUGUGAAGUGUUUCUAUAAAAAAGUCUACUAAUUUCUUAAAGGAAAUGCGGUUUAAAUUGUUCACACCACCAGAUGAGGAGAUAAAUUUAAGUAGUAGAUUUGCAGUCCGUUUACUUCUUCAGAAUGAUACCUUAUCAUUUGAAUGAAAUCUUAUUUGUAUGCUGCUUGAAAGUAAUGUCCUGCUGAGUGAAUUUUGAAGGGAUUAUAAUCUUGGACAAGAAAUGCCUGUCAAAGCCAUCAGUCAUAUACAGCAAUACAUUACGUUACAUCAGGGACGAUCUUUUGAUCCAUUAAUUCUUGUACGAGUAAUGAAUGAAUAAAAGCUGGCCAAAUAUUUUUAGAACAAAAUCGCAGUUUGGUAUUCUUUUCCAAAGGGCAAGUACCUGACAGUUUACUCAGGUAAUCCAGAGGAUGGUUAUCAUCUAGCAGAUUUACUGUGGAACCUCUUUAACAUGAUCUGUUUCAAUAUUUUACAAAUUUUUCAUAGCUUGAUAUUUUUAGUCAAAUGUGAUUGUGUGAGAAAUACAUCAGCUACAUGUCAUCUGAUUAUACACUGAUCAGGCACAACAUUAUGACCACCUGUACAUCUGUCUGCGCUUCAAUCCAACA